UAUUUCGUCCAUUCACCUUAUCCAGCAUUUCUCUUAGCCUACGUAAGGUAACAUCUGCCAAACAUACAUACCUACACACUACCUACAUAGGUACAGUAAUGGCAUUUAUCAUUUUUUACCCCAACUUGAGCUCCACUUGAUAAAAGGGAAAAAAAAUUAAUCAACAAAUAAUAAUAUUACGGGUCUUUUCCCAACAAGUCUGCAGCACGGAGGACGACAUCGGGAAUCAAGCAGCCCUGCUCUACGCUCCAUCGACUGCAUCCUACUACUGUCUGGUCCAUUCAUCCUUGCUCGCUAGGUAAUAUUAUUCCGAGUCUGGGGUGAAAAAGCCCCAUUCGUUCUUCUCCCCGCCCUACUGCGAGCGAUAAUCUCCUCCACAUUUGUACAUCAAACCCCCAUUUUCCCUUUAUUUUGCCUCCCCUCACCCUGCUCAAAUAAAUGGCAGGGUAGAGCCGUCUCUCUUUUUGUAAUGUGGAACCUUGCGAGACUAUGCCACCCUCCACCACCACCAUCACUCCUAUCCCGUUUUCUACCUAGGCGCACACUGCCCGCUGCAAUAAGUUUCAGCCUAGCUACUUACGCCAGGAUGACUUCCUCUACAACACUCCCCAAGCUGCCCAUAUUUGAGGCCAUCAGCAAACACGAUCCGGAAUCUACCGCCGUUAUCCACUCCCUAUCCGGAAGGUGCUUCAAGUACGGGGGUCUGCUGGCCGAUGUGGCGAGGGUCCGAGAUCGGCUCUAUGAGGCUUCGGGCAAGCGUGAGCUGGAUGGGGAGCGUGUUGCUUUCCUUGUAGAAAACAGCUACGACUAUGUAGUAACUCUCCUUGCCAUCUUGGCGGCAAAGUCUAUUGCAGUGCCUUUGGCACCAGCUUUCCCCCCUCCAGAGCUGCAAUAUAUACUGGACCACAGUGAGGCCGCACUGCUGCUAUCCUCGUCCAAGUUUUCGCAAAAAGCUCAGGAUGUGUUGGCUACCGGGUUGGCAUCCAAGCCAACUGUUUUGGAAUUAUCCAAGUUUCAGGGCGACACCUCUACCCCUUCUGAGCCCAUAACCUUGGAUGAAAGUGGCCCCGGUGGUGCUGGCAUGAUGUUAUACACUUCAGGCACCACAAAUCGACCGAAAGGUGUUCUCUUGCCGCAGGAUGUGAUGACUGCGCAGGCGCGCUCAUUGCUGCAGGCUUGGGAGUACUCUCCAAAGGAUCACCUGCUGCACGUGCUGCCCCUGCACCACAUCCACGGCACCAUAAACGCCGUGUUUGCUCCCCUGAUGGCCGGCAGCACCAUCGAAUUCCUCUUCCCCUUCAACGCCGACGCCGUGUGGCGCCGUCUAGCCUCCCCCUUCAUGACCGCCGCCAACGGCACCUCCGCUGCUGCGCCCAAAAAGGCACCCGUGACCUUCUUCACCGUCGUGCCGACCGUCUACUCGCGCCUGCUGGCGACGCACAAGUCCCUACCACCCGACGUGCUGGCCGCGGCGCGCGAGGCCGUGUCGCCCAAGAACAUGCGCCUCAGCAUUUCCGGUUCGGCCGCCCUCCCCACCCCGGUGAAGCGGGCUUGGAAGGAGCUCUCGGGCGGCACUGUGCUGCUGGAGCGUUACGGCAUGACCGAGGUGGGCAUGGCGCUGUCAUGCGGCCUGGCCGACGCCGACCGCGUCGACGGCAGCGUCGGCUGGCCGUUGCCUUCGGUCGAAGCCCGCCUCGUAGACGUCGACUCGGGAGAGGUCAUCAAACCCGGCGACGAGGUCGACGGCGAGGGCCGCGAGCGCGCCGGCGAGAUCCAGCUCAGGGGCCCCACCAUCUUUGCCGAGUACUGGCGCAACCCCGAAGCGACCGCCAAGGAGUUUGUCGAAGACGACGACGCCGCCGCCAACGGCAACGGCCACGCAGCAAACGGCCACAGGCGCACGGCCUGGUUCAAGACGGGCGACGUGGCCGUGCGCCGACCGGUUCCGGCCGCUGGGCAGAACGCCGCCCCGAGCCAGGAGUGGACGCACCAGGGGCCCAUGUACUUCAUCCUGGGGCGCAAGAGCGCCGACAUCAUCAAGUCGGGCGGCGAAAAGGUGUCGGCUCUCGAGGUGGAGCGCGAGCUGCUGUCGCUGGAUCAGAUCGCCGAGGCGGCCGUGUGCGCUGUGCCCUCGGGCAAGUGGGGGCAAAAGGUCGGCUGCGUCGUCGUCCUGGACAAGGAGCACUGCGCCGACGGCAAGUGGUCGCCCAUGGACAUGCGCCGCGCCCUCAAGGGCCGUCUCGUCAACUACAAGAUCCCCCAGGUCAUGCGCGUCGUCGAGCACAUCCCCAGGAACGCCAUGGGCAAGAUCAACAAGAAGCAGCUGGUCGCCGCCGUCUUUCAGGAGGAUUUUAGCGGUGACGAGAUGUAAAGGCUGUUGUCUGUCUUGUUUACUACCUGUCGGAUAUGUGGAUUCGAGUCAUCGGCUCGUGCCACUCAAUUUUUUGGUUUUUGAUGCCCAGCGGAGGACCUUUGCAGUCGGUCUUCUCUGGGUCCGCACUUUUUGCAUAUCCUGGGAAAACAAAAAAACCAGAAAACCCUCUCAAAACAGUCUCUUCUCCCAUCUAUACAUGCCUCUUUCAGUGUCCCGCGGGAUUCUUGUAACUAUUAGACCCACUAAUAUAGUAUAGACAAUC